UGAAUACGCGACCUAAAAUUCUGAAUAAUUUUGGUUGUUUCGUUAAUGUUCAAUUCAGUCAUUAAAUUUAAUAGUGUCUACCAGCGCUGAGUUUUUUAUAAUGUAUGGCAAUAAAAGUUUCGAGUAUUGUACGUGUAUGCUGCGGGAAUAAUCUGUAUCGCAGUUAUUUGGACCAGUUUCCUUACAAUAUGCAACCUGCCUGCCUAACUUACAUAUUUGCGUUGCCUUUUCAACAACGGCCAGUCUUGCACAACCGUUUGCAAUUAAAAUCCCCGUUUAGCAACAUUCGUUCUGUACUUCAUAGUGUUCAUACAUGAUUUUUUUGCACUGGGAAAUGGCAGCCAAACCUGCUAUCUGCAGGUCCGAACAGCCGUCUCAUAGUUUCUUGCCGCCUACUCAGAACGUUUUAUAUAUCAGUUCAGAUGUGGCGAUCAGAGGAGCAGACGAUCAAAAUCAUCAGACCAAUCCAGUACAGUGGAUUUCCUGCCGCCGCGCCAUUCUGGCGGCUCGAAGCAGCUACUUCCGUUCCAUGUUUACUUCGCAGAUGAAAGAGGCACACGAAAAACAGAUUUACCUCAAGAACAUUCCGCACAAAAUUCUUCACCAGAUUAUCCAGUAUACGUACUAUGGUAAAAUCUCUUUGGACGCCGAUAAUGUUCUGCUACUCCUGGAAUCAGCACUAUUUCUCGGUGUGCUCGAAUUAGUCAACGCAUGUAAAGAAUUUUUGAAGCGUAACAUGAACGCCCGGAAUUGGUUGACCGUGCAGCAAGCGGCGGAAUUCCUGUCAUGGAGCGAUGUAGUGCAACUUUGUGAAGAGUUUGUCGUCAAGAAUUUUUCCACUGUUUCGCGAUGCGAUGAUUUCUUAAAGAUUAGCGAUUCCAAGAUGAUGGAAUUUGUUGCAUCGGAUGAUUUAUUUGUGAAGUGCGAGGACGAAGUAGCGGAUGCUGUGAUUCGCUGGUUGAAUAGCGAUCCAGAUCAGCGAAUGCGCAACGUCGGCGAAUUUUUACCGCUGGUUCGAGCGCCGUUCUUGAGUGCUGAACGCUCCAAAUUAAUUCGUGGCAUUUAUAUAGAUCCAGAGAAAGUACCAAUUGAACAAUUUCGAAUGAUUACGGACGGUAUAAUACAACACACGCCAUAUAAACACCGCAAAUCAUACAGGGGGAGUAUAGCGCAAAAUGUCCCCGAGUUACCGGAAGUCUUUGUCGGCUGUCAUGAGGCCUACAAUCCGAGAACAAACCAGUGGCUAAGAAAAUUUGCAAAUAACUGGGAUAUUGAGUCUGGUUCUGCUCGACUGUUUACAUUCGAUGGAAAACUUCACCUAGUGCCUGGUGGAUGCGGUGCAAUGAAGUAUUACGAUGCAAUCAGGGACCGAUGGAUAGAAGUCGCAAGACAGACACCCCAACUCGAUUGCUAGGUGCUGGUUGCGCUGGACAAUUUGCACGUGAAGAGCGAGGAAGCGGCGCUUGGCGUUGUUCGCUGGUUGAACAGAGAUCCAAAUAGGCGACUGCGUCACAUCGACGAAAUUGGAUCCUACGGUCAAGAAACGGAUCCUUUUCCUCAUCAUGGGAUCCAUUUCUCGGACACGGACGACUGUUUUACCAACAAACGACUCUGUUGCUGGCCACCACAAAGCAAAUCAGAAUAUUACGAUUAGUCCAUUGGCGUUUUAGUCGGUUACAGCUGUGCCGUUCAGUUAUACGAAUCAGGGUCUGAACGCGCGAUAUCGAUCGCAUCAUUCCCAGGAAAACUCACCAGCUUUAGGUAAUUAGCAGAACUUCCCCGGCGGGUAUUUGAGUCAUAUAUUCACAACGGCCUUAGAGCAAUUUUGGCCAAAUGGGAGAGGAAUGGACGAAAUGAAAUUCCGAAAAGAUAACAUAGACCGCUGCACAGGAAACAACUUCGUGUGAGCGAAGCAGUUUUGCACAUAAGUAAUGGAAAGACUGUUUUACCAACAAACGAAGCUUCCCCGUUUUUGUAAUUGUAAAAUAACAGUUUUUCAAUAAUAGUACAACUUUCGAAUAGACCGCGGUAUCAACGCUUUACCGGCGCUUACGGAGAUGGACAAUUCAAAUGGAAAUGCAAUUUAAAUUCAAUUCUGACACAAAGCAAAUGCACUUUACCUGAUAUUUGC